AUGCGGGAAAAGGCUGAAGCACAAGGACAAGAUUUGCUGGUCAUAGAUACCGGUGACCGAGUGGAAGGAAAUGGCCUAUAUGACUCGUCUAAGCCGAAAGGUGUUUAUCUUUCGGAUAUACUACGACACCAAGAAAUCGACUUGUUGACGUCGGGAAACCAUGAACUAUACACGCAAAAUGCCUCGGAGGCUGAGCUUCUCAUCACCGUUCCUAAUUUCCGGGGAAAUUAUCUCGCUUCGAACAUUGAUAUUAUUCACCCAGUUACCCAAGAGCUUGUGCCUCUAGCUCCUCGGUACAAGAAGUUUACUACCAAGAUACAGGGCAUUCGUAUAGUGGCAUUUGGCUUCCUGUUUGAUUUCACUGGGAAUUGGAACAACACUGUCGUCCAGAAAGUGUCUUCCACUAUCAAAGAGGACUGGUUCCAGGAAGCCAUCCGGGACAAAGAGGUUGAUCUGUUCCUUGUAAUCGGUCAUGUGCCUGUCCAUUCACCGGAAUACCGGGCGAUCUUCAAAGAGAUUCGAGGGAUUCGUUGGGAUACUCCCAUUCAAUUCUUCGGUGGUCAUCAACACGUGCGCGAUUAUGCGCGGUAUGAUUCCAAGGCCUACGGGCUGGCGAGUGGUCGAUUCAUGGAGACAGUCGGUUUCAUGUCCAUUGAUGGUCUAAACACUCCGAAGAGCAAUCACCUCUCCAGCGCGGUAGCCUCACCUGUCUUCAGGCGGAGAUAUAUUGACCAGAACUUGUAUUCUUAUUAUCAUCAUACUGGUCUGAAUGAAGAGACAUUCCCUACUGAAAAAGGUCAAAAUGUCUCUCGGCUGAUCGCCAAAGCACGGACCGACCUUCAGCUAGACCAGAUUCAUGGUUGUGCUCCACAAGACCUGUGGAUGUCUCGAGUCAAGUAUCCGAGCCCCAACAGUCUCUACACAUGGCUUGAGACCCAGGUGUUGACCGAUUCGCUGAAAGACGAAUCUCGCGCUGAUAUUCCUACGCUGGCCGUAGUGAAUACCGGCGCCAUGAGAUUUGAUAUUUUCCAGGGUCCUUUCACCCAAGACUCACUCUUUAUCUUGUCGCCAUUUACUAGUGGCUUCCGCUAUGUGAAAGACAUCCCUUAUGACAAAGCUCAACUUAUCGUUGAGGUUCUGAACAAACAGCCUCAGAUUUUGCAAAUGUCGCAAGAGGGUGAAUAUUCCUCGACAACACUGGCUCCUCCUGAGCAGCUUUUCUUCCCGGAAGAUGUGGUGGUAAAUAACUGGGGUCACUCGGAUCAAACACCCUUGUCCGGCAAGCUCGUGCCUGGAUACACCACCCAAGACGACGCGGGCACAGACGGCGAUGAUACUGUCCAUGCUCCCAUCUCUAGAUACCGUGUAUCAAACGUUAUCCGAACUUUGUUGCACAAUACAACCGAGACACCGGAGAAGGUUGAUUUCGUUUACAUUGACUUCAUUGAGAAGUAUGUGGUCAUGGCUGCUAAGUUUGCUGGUCUUGAUGUCGAUUUUGCAAAGGAGAGCGACGUGUACAUGCCGCAAAUGUCUUUGACGACAUUGGUUUUGGAUUGGGUAAAGAAGCACUGGAAGUGUUGA